ACUCUGACGGCGCCUGCUCCAUUUGCAGAUGAAACGAGCUGUCAGUGCCAAGCCCCCCAUGAGAAGCUAACCAUUGCACAAGCCCGUCUGGGAACACCAGUUGACAGACCUGUCAGAGUGUAUGCAGAUGGGAUAUUUGACCUCUUCCACUCCGGCCAUGCUAGAGCUCUUAUGCAAGCCAAAACUCUAUUUCCAAAUAGCUACUUACUAGUAGGAGUUUGCAGUGAUGAUUUAACACAUAAAUUCAAAGGCUUCACUGUGAUGAAUGAAACUGAGCGAUACGAAGCCCUCAGACACUGUCGUUAUGUGGAUGAGGUCAUCAGAGAUGCACCCUGGACACUGACACCCGAGUUCCUUGAGAAGCAUAAGAUUGACUUCGUAGCCCAUGAUGACAUCCCAUACUCUUCUGCUGGCUCGGAUGAUGUAUACAAACACAUAAAGGAGGCAGGAAUGUUUGUACCAACACAGAGAACCGAAGGUAUUUCCACAUCGGAUAUCAUCACAAGGAUCGUGCGGGACUACGACGUGUACGCCCGGCGCAACCUGCAGCGAGGGUACACUGCCAAAGAGCUGAAUGUUAGCUUUAUAAAUGAGAAGAAAUAUCGCUUUCAAAACCAAGUGGACAAAAUGAAAGAAACAGUGAGGAAUGUGGAGGAAAAGUCAAAAGAAUUUGUUUACAAGGUGGAAGAGAAGAGCCAUGACCUCAUUCAGAAAUGGGAAGAAAAGUCCAGGGAAUUUAUUGGCAACUUUUUAGAGCUGUUUGGACCCGACGGAGCUUGGAAGCAGAUGUUCCAGGAACGAAGCAGCCGAAUGCUCCAGGCUUUUUCUCCCCGGCAGAGCCCCAACAGCAGUCCUACGCGAGGCCGCUCGCCGUCCCGUUCUCCAUCUCCACCCUUUGUCAUCAAUGAGACCUCUCCUCCCUCGUCUCCAAAAGCUGCAGCUUCCUGCCUCAGCAGCAUGAGCGAGGGAGACGAGGACGAGAAAUAAAAUAAAGAUAUAUUUUUUAACCGUAAGGCAGAAGAACAAGCUAUGAACUCAACCACUGGAUGGGGAGAAGCGUGAGGAACACACACCAGGGGUAUCUCUGUCAGCAGGGAUCGUGCUCUGGGAGUUGUCGAAAACAAACUGGAGCACAGCAAGGGAGUUCUCAGGAAGAGCUUAUCCCAUCCCCACUCCCUCGUGGCGCUGGAGGCCUGGCCAGCAGCGCUUGCAGACAGGCACUGGGGACUGACAGAAAAACACACACCUGUGUGCAGGUUCCUGUCCGUGUCUCGCUGCUUACAGCCACUGUGGCCAGGCCAGGCCAGCAAGGAGCUGUGCACCCAGGGGCUGGCAGGACCCCUGCUGGCUCCAAAUCCAGACCCAGCACACAGGCAAGUGAUGGCUGCAGCCUG